AUGCCUGUACUGCUUCGCUCAGCCAGUCGGGCCAAGAGGAAAAGUGUUACUUUCAAUCCAGAGCUGGACUACUUUUACUUCACACCCGACGAACACGAAGACUCGGAAACAGAAUCAGAAUCCCCGGAAGCCAUGUCGGAAACUCAGAAAAACGGCAGCGCCAACGAAAACGGUCAGGGCACCACAAAGGCUGUCCCUUGGACUGAACUCGACCGAGCCAUCGUCCUCAACAACAUCCUCGGCCAGCUCCACGCCAGCAGCGGCAAGACCCUGGACUGGAAGGCCAUCUCCGAGGCCCUCCCCGGCCGCACCAUGGCCUCGAUGCGCGCCGUCUGGGACCGCUACAGAAACGACAUGAAGACCGCCGCCGCCGGCGAAGGCGACUUCGUCGCCGUGCCCAACAAACAGAAGACCCCUCGCAAGAAAAGCACCUCCAAGACCGCAGCCGCCGUGGCUUCAGAGGAUGCCGACGCCGAGGACGCUCCUGAGACGCCUGCCAAGAAGCGCGGCGGCGGAGCCAAGAAGCGCGCUUCCGGCGCCGACGGUGAGGAGGGCUCGGCCACCAAGAAGAAGCGCACUCCCAAGAAGACUCCCGUCAAGAAGACUGCUGCCAAGGUGGAGGAGGAGGAGGAAGCCUCGGAGGAGGCCGAAACUCCCGCUCCCGCCCCCGCCGCCGCUGAUGCCGAAGACGCCAAGAAUAGUGACGAGGAAAUGAAGGACACGGCCGAGGCCAAGGUCUAG